UUUACCUUCCUGUUAGACGGUUGGAAGAAAUGAAAAUGCAUACUUCUUAUAUUGCAAAUUUAACAGUGUAAACCAGUAGUUAUCGUUUUUAAAUGGCAUCAACGACGCCAGUGUGUGGUGUGUGUAAUCUCCGUAACAUCACAGAACCAUCAGUGACCAUGUGUAUCGAAUGUGACGAAGUAUUUUGUUUAAAAUGUCAAGAAUACCACAGUCUGUCGAAUGGAACACUAAACCAUAGUAUUGUACCAUUAACUGAAUACGAGAAAUUACCAAGUGAUAAUCUCCAAAUGGCCCAAAACUGUAACAAACAUAACGUAAAUUAUACAAUUUACUGUAAAAAGCAUGAAAGUCUCUGCUGCGGUAGAUGUAUUGUAGAAAGUCACAACGAAUGCGGAGAUUUCGCAAAAUUGGCUGAUAUAGUCAAAAAUAUAAAAACAUCAAAUGCCUUCUGUGAAAUUGAAAAUUCGUUAGAAGAACUCGGUGACACUAUUAAAAAAAUCAAGCAUAACAGAGAGAACAACCUUUCGUCGUUAUCUGAGAGAAAAGAGAAUAUUUUGCAUGAAAUCAAGCAAACCCGAUUAACAAUCAACAAGCAUGUAGACGAAAUACAAGAUGACGCAAUAAAUGAAAUAAAUGCAGCUGAAGAAAAAGAAAGAAAGAACAUUUGUCAGAUGCUGACUCUAUUGCAGGAAAAAACAAAUGAAAUAGCUGAAUGCCAGAGAAACAUUACGAAAAUUCAGAAACUUGACACAGAUCUCCAGACAUUUAUUGCUAUGAAGGAGCUAGAAAAAGAAGUUUCAAGCAAAGUACAAUUUAUGCAAUCCAUGACCAAAACUGGAGACUUUAAAGAAACAAAUAUGUCGUAUCAAUUUAAUACCGGCGUACAAAAGUUCAUCUCCGAGACCCAAAGUUUAGGGGAAUUGAUAAUUGAGACAAAACCAUGUGAUAUUGUCUUCACAAGGAGGAAAGACAAACAAGCACAAAUGGUGCUUCAGCAUAGCUCAUCAAGGUCAGUUGAAAAUAUCAAUCUGAAGCUAGAUACCACUUUAGAUAAUACGGGAUUCUGCAAAUGGGGUUGUUGCAUGUUACCCGACGGUAGAUUCGCAUUUACGGAAACCUUAAACAAUCUUGUCAGAGUAUUUAACACUGACGGAUCAAAAGAUUUUGAAAUUAAAACACAAUAUAGGGCAUUUGAUAUAGCUUACAUCAGUGAAGAUAACACUCUUGCUGUAACAUCAGGUACGAAUGGAAUGUGCAUUUCAAUAAUUGACCUACAGAACAAACAAAUUAAGAAAGAAAUAUAUGCUGAAUCAUAUUAUCACGGCUUAGCAGUAAUGGAUAACAAAUUCAUCUGCUCUGCAGAUAAAGAAGGAAUACAGUGGUUUAAUCCAAACGACAACUCAACAAGCGUUAUAGUCCAAGAGGAAUUUCCCAAAAUGUGUUACAUUGCCACAUUUGAUGAUAAAAUUUACCAUACAAAUAACAAAACCAACUCCGUGACAUGUUAUGAUUUACAAGGCACAGUGCAAUGGACAUUUGAGAAGGAAAGUGCUCUUAAGAGACCGUUUGGAAUCUCUGUAGACAAUGAGGGUAAAGUAUACGUGGUAGGGAGGUUAUCUACCAAUGUAGUAGUCAUAUCUGCUGAUGGACAAUAUCACAAAGAAAUACUUACAGCUAGUGAUGGUCUUUCCAAUCCCUUGUCUUUGUACUAUAAUAGAAGUACCAAUCAGUUACUAGUUGCAAACAAUAACCAGAGAGCAAUGCUUUUUUCUUUAAUUUGAAUAAACUCUUGCAUCUGUUCCACCGACGUUAUAAUAGUUUUGUCGAGCCUGCAUGUUUCAUAUUUUGUAUAUAGAUGCCUUAUGUUAUGAAGUUUCCGUCUGUCAUAUGUCCAUUGUCCUUGACCUCAUUUUCAUGGUUCAGUGACAACUUGAAAAAAAAAAAUUACGAUUUUUUGUAAUUCCUCUAAUUAUGAGUAAUAGGAUAACUACAUUUGGUACGUGCGUACCUUAUAAGGUCCUCAUGAUUGUCAGAUAGUUUUUACUAUAUCUCGGCCUCAUUUCAUCGGUCAGUGAACAAGAUUAGGUUUUCGUGGUCAAGUCCAUAUCUCAGAUACUAUAAUCAAUAGUUCUAAUAUAUUUGGUGUAUGAAAUGAUUGUAAGGUGUAUAUGUCCAACUGGCAGGUGUUAUCUGACCUUGACAUCAUUUUCAUGGUCCAGUGGUUAAAGUUAAUUUUUGUGUUUAGGUCUGUUUUUCUAAUACUGUAUGCAAUAUGUCAACUACAUUUGGUGUAUGGAAAUAUUUUACGAUUGCAUGUCAGUCUGGCAGGUUUUAUAUGACCUUGAACUAAUUUUUACAAUUUAUUGACAAUGUUAUUUUUUUUAUAAAUUUUAAUCAUGUUAAGUUUAUUUGAUACUUGAAGUUAAACUUCAUAAUUAAGACUAUCAACAUAAAAUCAAUGGUCAAUAAAGCAGGCUACAUAUUUCAGCGUAUGCACUCUUGUAUAGGAUAGUAGAAUGUUUAUAUAGAAUAAUUAUGCUAUUUCUGUUUAUCUUUUUGUGUAUAAAUACCUGUUCAGUUGUUAGAAUUCCUUUUAAUAAAACAUGAACUAAUAGGGCAUUAACAGAAAGAUUGAAAAUAAUUAGUUUUUAGCCUAAUUUUAUUUUAGUCGGUGGGGGGACCCUAUACUUCUAAGUGACAGAUAUAAUUAAGGAGAACAGCUGUGCUCUUUUAAUUUUAGAUUUCGUAUUUAACUGUUUAAAAUUACAGUUUUUUUAAAACUUUAAGAAACACCAUGUGAUAGAUAUGUUAUUGAGAAUACUUGAGUUAUGUAGGCGAUAUAAUAGAUGUACACAAUCCAAAUUUCAUCAGUCUGGAAUUGAGUUUAUCCUUGUUCAUACACCAUAAGAAUGUUUAACUCUCAUCAUUUUUGAAAUAUAAAAAGUGAAAAAUGACCGUUAAAUAAGUUGAUAUUAUCACAGUAUCCUAAACAAAGUAUCAACGUGGUUAUAUUUCUUUUUCUAUUGUUAUUUUUUCUCUUGUGCAAGUGGUAACGAUGUUUUGUUGGAUCCUUUUCUUUGGUGAAGAUUUCCCCGUUGAUUCAACAGGCACAUUGUGAUAUAGCGAUCUAUGAUUUUAAUAGAUCUACAGUUGUUUUGCCUAAAUUUGCCAGUUUGAACUAGUUUUACAGAAACAUGUUUACUCAUGUCAAAAUGUCAUAAAAUCUUUAAAGACAAUGCAUUACUUUAUGAAUAAAAUUAUUUAAAUAUA